AUGAUGGGAAUGGGAAUGGACAUGCACAAAGGUGGUAUCCCCUGGCUCGACCAGCCGGUGAUGCUUCACUCGUCCAGAGCGGACAAGUGCAAGUUGACUCCAGCGCAGUGCGCUUAUCGGAAUAACCACUGGCGAUAUUGGUACCAAGCGGAUAAUGUCUAUGCGUUGAAUACGGUCUACUUCCUGUGUGCAAUUAUCGGUGUCUUCACUUUGUCAAAUCUGCUGGUUCGGCUCAGUCCUGACUGGGUUAAGCGGAUGAGGGUAUGGAGGGCUACGACAUCCAUCUCACGGUAUUUGGCCUACCGGGGCUACCGGCUCCCCGUUGUGCGAUACUGGUCUCCGUCGCUGGGUGUGAUACUUCUGGGUCUUGCUGGUGCGGCGUUUUUCUUCGCUAUGACACUUGGACCGAAACCUUAUUACUGGCCAACUGAUGCGAACUAUGGAAGCAGUCCACCAAUUGCUACUCGAGCUGGAUGGAUGGCCCUAGGACUGCUACCUUUCGUACUAGCCCUAAGCGCCAAGGCAAACAUGAUCUCUGCCUUGACUGGUAUUCCUCAUGAGAAGCUUCAGGUGUUCCAUCACUGGACCAGCUACGCCAUGUUCGUCCUGGCUUUGAUUCACACCUUUCCCUAUGUCAUAUAUCACAUCUGGAAAGGUGAUAUGGUCAAGCAGUGGAAUACCAGUAUUGUCUAUUGGACGGGUAUCAUCGCUUUACUCGCCCAGACCUAUCUGACUGUCAUGUCCCUGCCUGGUAUUCGGAACCGCUUCUACGAGUUCUUCAAAGCCACGCAUAUCGGUGCCGCGGUGAUCUUUAUGGUUUUCUUUUUCCUCCACUGUGACUUCCGUCUGUCCUCAUGGGACUACUUCAUUGCUGCCGGUUCUAUCUACCUGUUCUCCCUUGGUGCAGCCCAUAUUCGAACCUACCUAAUGCACGGCUUUCACACCGCAACUCUUGAACUCCUCCCCUGCGGUCUCGUCCGCGUCACCGUCCCAACAGUCAUAAAUUGGACUCCCGGUCAGCACGUCUUCGUCCGCUUCCUGACCUCAGAUCUACACCUCCUAACCGCACACCCAUUCACCAUCUCUUCUGCCUGCCAUAAUCCCGAUGAAGCCGGCAAGGCCUCCGAGAUAAUCUUCUACAUCAAACCCCGCCACGGCGUAACCGGCCGCCUAGCCGCAAUGGCUGCCAAACAACCCGGUUUUUGCAAGAAAAUCCUAAUGGAAGGCCCCUACGGCGGCGUAAGCCCCCACCAUAUGUCCCAAUUCGACACCCUCCUUGUAAUCGCCGGCGGUUCUGGAGGCGGAUUCUCACUUGCGAUGGUUGAUGAAGCCCUCCGCCUAACCGAAAAGCCCAAGCCCGGACAAGGUCGUCGUAAUCUCCAAGUCGUCUUUUCAACCCGCGACGUGGCAAUGGCAGACUGGUACACGAACGAAAUAGAAGCCCGGCUGUCGAAAUCAACGACAAUAUCUCUAAACGAUAACAGCGAUGGCUUCGAAACAUCCAUCUCGGUGCACGUCACUUCCAACCCAGCUCGUGAUCCCAUCAACGACUCCGCCAUCUCUUUCACAUUACCUGACGCAGAGAACCCGCCUGAGAAAAAAAUGCCAUCCCCAGAUAUCACGGCUACGGGCUCCUUCAGUUUAAACAUUCACCGGAAUAUUCGUCCUGAUAUCCCAGGCCUGAUCGCGCGAAGCGUGGCGAGCGCACACGCACAGGGAACACAUGUUGGAAAGAAGCAGCGCAUUGGUGUGUUGGUCUGUGGACCUGCUUCUAUGUUGCACGAUACCCGCAAUGCGGCAGCCCUGGCGCAGACUCGGACACUUGGAGGCGAGGUUGAGGAGCUUUAUUUGCACUCUGAACCUUUUGCGUGGUGA